AUGUCAGCCAAACAAUCUCCCGAAGAAGAUCAAUUAGAAUUAAUUGAGCUAGUAAUUGGAUCAAAUACUCUUGAUAAAUCACUUUUAAAUUUAGUUAUGAAUUUCACUACAACAGAAAAACAAACUUAUUGCUUACUUGAGUGUACUCGAGAUUCAAGAAAAUCCAUCAUCCAAAACAGAGAAACCAUAAGUUCCGAAAUUUGGCUUAAAAUUAGUAAAUUCGUGGAAAAUCAUGAUAAAAAAGAACUUGACUUCAAUACUCUUUCGUUAGAUCCUUCUCUUUUAAUUACAUUUGCUCCUAAAACUCCAAAAGAUCUUGAUAAUGAACCAAAAACAGAAGCUUUUUCGUCUUCUCCACUGAUACUUGAAGAUUCAGUAAAGAAUUUACAAUCAUCAUCAAAACAGAAAUUAUCAGAUAAAUCUCAAGAGACGGAAGAGACGCCUAAUGUAUCUGCUAUAUCCGCUAGUAAAAGUCCAGAAGAGACGCCUAAUGUAUCUAAUGUAUCUGCUGGUAAAAGUUCAGAGACAAAAAGAAAAUCUGAAAAACAAUUGAGCAAAAGUAACAAACGAACUAAGAAAUAUACAAAACAAUCUGAAAUUGAGGGGACUUCUAUAAUGACUUACCCAGUAAAAGAAAAUUCCCACACUACCCUGAUUUGGAAUUUUGCUAUUUCUCCUCAGAAUUAUUAUUCACAUCAAUCUCAACAAGAAAUAACAAUCCCAAAUAUUCAAGAAAUCCCAAUUAUUCAAGAAAUCUCAGAUAUUCAAGGAAUGUCAAAUAUUCAAGAAACAAUGUCAAAUUUUCCAGAUUUUCAAGAAGAUUUAUUUACUGCUCCGGGAUUUAAUAAUACUACCACCGAAGUUGAUAAUUCGGAAAAAACAAUAGACUCUAAUGAUCCUCACUCUCAUGGAUUUUAUGAGGAUGAUUGUAAUUAA